AUGACUCUGGCUGCAACAUCGCCACUUGGGACGGAUCUAACGACGCGAUACAUGUGCGCAAGAAGUGACUGGACUUACGACACGAUCUAUCGGAAUUACGCAACAUCAACUUCGAGCACUGCUCUCUCAUCAACCGCAGCAACCUCCGGGCCCACAAGUACGACAUCCACCUCCGAGCCCACAAGUUCGACAUCCCCGACAAGCUCAGACAACGGCGGCUCAUCCAUUUCUGGUGGUGCGAUCGCGGGUAUUGUGAUCGGAUGUGUUGCAGCCAUAUUUUUGCUUGCAGUUUUCCUUCUGUACCGAUAUCGUGUUUGGCCUUUCAGCAAAAAGCAAGCCAGUAUCAGCGAACUUCCAGUGUCAACACAACCCCAAGGAAUCGACGAAGUACACGAGAUCGGAUCUUCUGGGUCUGCUGGAAAGAAGUCCAACACGGUGUACGAGAUUGGCACUUCAGGGCACUAA